UACAGUAACAAAGUGGAGCUUCCUCUGAGCGGAAUAUUAUUGGCGGUGACACGGCGGUGGCGGCAAUCACAUCUUUGUUAGUCGGGUUUCGAUCUUCAGAGUGGUUCAUGAAUAUUCAGAUUCGCGCUACAGAAAUUGUCAACACGACGACGACGGACGUGCGGAACGCAUGCAUUGCACAGUCCGUUGCAUUUAGUCAGUGGCAGACUACGAAACUGCAUGCAUUACAUAAGUGAACAAAAGUGUAAUUGUAGCUCAGUGACCAGCAGCAAUUAAACAACAACAACAACAACAACGACAACCGAAAAGUGCCUUGUUCUGUGCCUAAAACUGCGUCGGUUUGUCAAUGUACAACAGUUCGGAGUUAAAUGAUGUAUCUGGCGUUGCGCAGUGACGACUAUAUAAUUGACAAUGCUGAAAAUAAGCCGGGUUGUGAGGUCAAAUAGUGUACCGUAGCAAUUUCACGGCGAUUGCAGACAGCAGCCUAGGCGCACCGGUCAACCCAACCGGCUUAACAUUAAUUUAUCGAUGAAAACGGGGCGGUUAUAGGUGGAACAAUAAGUGUGUUUGUGACUUAAUUGCACGGAAUCGGGCCCGCUUGUUGACAAUCGAACAUUGGCAGUCGGGCAGCAGUCGGCUAUCGCCGGGGCAGUAGUGAGGGCGUGCUACGCCUCAAGUGGAGUGGUCAUCCGUCGGUCGGUUGUUGGUAGUGAUUUAAAAAUGCGUUCACGUGUUUGGAUCAACUGGUUGUUGCUGCUGGUGAAAUUUGCAGCUGUGCUUGCAUCGGCUAACGGUGAUUCCCAAAAUGGUACGGUUGUUGGUGGUGAGGUAGAGAAUAGCAUAGAAUCACCCAAACAAGUUGUGCCGCCUAGCUUAAACGAGACGACGUCAGCGACGUCAGAAGCGAUUGCGACGGAGGCGCCAUUGACGACCACCAGCAGUGGUGCGGAGCAACCGAUGCUAAAAGUUACCGCUGGAACUACGUCAACGAUUCCAGUGACAACAACGACAGCGUCGAUUACUACGACCACCACCGUCGGUGUAACCGGUGGGAAUUCAGACCCUUCAAUGGGUUUGGACGGCGUCGCAGCAGGUGACAAUAAAACGCCAAACUGCUCCCAUUUCCCGCUCUCGCCCCAACAACCGGUCUACGACAAAAAUUCCCAUAUCAAGAAAUGCUGCCCGUUUGGGGAGAUUUUUGCACCCCUCGGAAGCGGUCACUUCCGGUGCGUUCCCGGCGAGCGAAAGCUGGACGUAGAAACAAUCUACGCGGUUUUCUACGGUGACUCCGAGUGCAUCGAGGAUAAAGAAAACGAACUGCACUUCAACUACGAACCGAACGAUUCCUGUCUGGGGAACAACCUGACCUUUCAGUACAGUAAGGAGCAGGGCGAUGAAUUGUUCGUAAUACAAAAUGGGUCGCUGCUGGUGCUUGAGCCGGGCGGAUUUAUGUCGGUAUUCGAUUGGUACUGUCUGGAGGUCGAUACCGGAUCGAGACUGCUGGCCAAGGCUUGCGACGAAGUACCACCGAUAGUUCUGAGAUCGACGGCAGCUUUGAUUUACGCUGGGAUGGUAGUGGCAACGGCUACGUUACUCUUCACCUGUUUGGUCCAUGCCCUGGUUCCCAGGUUGAACGACACCUUCGGUUAUCUGCUGGCCGGACAUUCCGCCAGCUUCCUGUUGGGUCUCAUUAUGAUGACUUUGGCAGUUUGUGGCGAUCGUUGCAUUGAUGGAAAUGAUGUCGUUCCACUACAAAUAUUCGCCCAAAUAUUUCUGGUAUCCGCAGUCUUCAUAUUUUUGCUCAUGAACGUGCACAACUAUGCCUACGGUGCAUACUAUCUUCCCAAUGGACUGGAGUUCGAUACCAGCAACAAACGAGACAUGUUUAUCUCGUUAGGCGUGCUUUAUUUAAUAACAAUCAUACCUCUAUUCCUGCCGUGGAAACACUCUCUAAUAUUUCAUCUGGUCUUGUAUAUUUAUUACCUGGCAACAGCAGUGGUGCUGUAUUUAAGUCACCGGGCGAUUCGAACGCUGGCGAACAGCAAAUUCGUUCGGUUCACCGCUUCACAGAACCAUCCUGAGUUGACGUACAUGGAAGCCGUCAAUGCUCAACCUCGGAUAAACGGGGAUCGACUGAAGGAUGUGCGAUCGUUAAACCGCCUCUGCACGAUCGAAGCAAUUUUUUCGCUAGUCUGCUGGAUCUGCUUCAGUUCACUCCAGCGCAAUAUCGACAGCCAGCAUGACAUCUUUCGCAUCGGAGCUGCCUAUGCGGUGAUCUUCCAGGGGCUGCUGAUCGGUGUGCUGUUCGUGGGUGGCCGCAAAAAGUGGACCAUCAUUCGCGAAUGUUGGAACUAUUCCGGGUCGAUCGAUUUGCGUGCUCUCGAGAUGGAACGGGAGAUGCUGACGCUGGACCGAAAGGCACCGCCGCUGUGAUAAACCAAGGACUGCUUCUGUUUCAGGACUUGUAGGUCAUCGAAUGACUGCAUGUUGUUGCGUUAAGGAUUUAGUUCGCAGUUCUUAUACCGGUACUAAACGUAAGAAAUGUGAUGAGUUAAGCGAUUACAAUUUUAUGUUAAUUUAAAUUUAAAUAACAUGAUCCAUCCAGCGCAAAUGUCAAGAAAAAAACUUUGAAUGCAAAGCAAUUAUAAACCAAAAUGUUAAGAUAAGCUGCUAGGAUUACAGAAAAAUGUUGAAUAUUCUUAAGUAAGUACUAACUUAAGCGACUGAACCAAUGCCAAUAACAAAGUAACAUAAUCAUUUUAGACCCAAUCUUUCGUUCAAUGACUUUUCAAACGUAUUGCAUUUACUUGCUGGUAUCUAUUUAGUCAAAAAUCAGUAUCAAAAUCUGCAGAAUAAUCGUUUCUC